AUGACAUAUUAUGGCUCGGAUUAUCCAUCUCCCAAGCGACAACGGCUCUCAUCGCCAACAUACGAUGACCAGUAUUGCCUCAGUCAACAAGACAUCCAAGCAUUCGACGAACUUGAGCGGGAACUGACACAACAAUCAUCAUCCUCGCACAGACUGUCCCAACUUUCGUCUCCGGCGGAAAAAUAUAAGAGGGAUCCGGCCAUACACGUUUUAAAGACCCCCGAGAAGCACAAGAAAAUGCAUGGCAUUAGUAUGGGAGCAGAUAAAGCAUUUUCCGAUUCGCGUUCACGAGACAGAACUGCAUUCGGAUCCUUUGAUGUUUCGCUCCCAUCUGAUGACAUUACAAUUUCGGAUGAUAUUACAACUCUUAAAUCUGCGUCCUCUAUUGGUGUAGAUUCUACAUCGUAUCCUGCCCACCAAGAUCGCAGGUCAGAGCCUGUCUUUGACAGCCAUCCAUCUCUUUCUGCUCGGAGGAUGGGCUUUGGUUUCGCCUCGACUCUCGAUAUAUCUGAUCCUUUAGGUGAACUCGAUGACCCUUUUCUCUCUUCUCUAAAUGCUCCUUUUCCACAAGACGAGUCCUUAUGGUUCACAUCGAAGACUGUUUCCGAAGGGGGAAACGGAUUUCGAUCAGCAAAUACACUGAAGAACAAGAGUGUCUCAGAUCAAGAUACAGAGCUCUUUCCAGUUGCCAGCGCUGCCUUGCCUCUUUUUAUUUCUGGACGACGUGCACUUGAAAGCUCCCAGGCGGACUCCAACGUCAAUGACCUGGGAGGAAAAGUAGGGCCCGACCUACCCGUGUUCACCUCUGGGCUCGACUCCUUUCAAGCUGAGCGCGCAGACAUCGGUAAAACGAGAGACUGGACCGUGCCAUCUGCGGAAGCCCUAGCGCGAGCCGCGGCAAAGAUGAGACGAUGGCAGAAAGAGAUAGACGAGGAUCUCGUUGACCUUUCGGAGAUGGGUCAAGAGGAAGUACCACCUAUCACACCGCUCCAUGCUUCGUUUCGCCCUGCCUUGCGGGUCGUGGAGAAUUCAGCUUCUCUCGCGCAACCUCCGGAUAGCCCUAGUCCGGCCACGACAGGAGCCAAUGUCAGAAAGGCUAAGAUGAUGCCUGGAGGACUUGGAGUUUUGGGGAAGCGCAAGGAAUUCAGAUCCCCGUUGAUUACUGCACCCCCUGCCAUUACUGCACCCCCUGCCAAGUCCGGGUUGAUUGUCACACCCUAUCUCGGCUCGCCGCUGAAUCCAAACAGACAUGUUCUCAGUGGUUUUAGGACCCCUACACUGCCUGGAGAAAGCUUGCAAAGCUCAUCUAGUGUCUCCACGCGCCCUCCCUCGCUCACGAAAGCUCUGGGUAUCACAGCUCGUAGACCGGGUCUCGGCGCUGCCUCUAGUAGGCCGAAAUUUGUGACGCCAUUUAAACCCGGGAUGGGCCCUAGGGAGCCAGGUCGGGAGUUAUUAGACCGCAAAGUUACCGAUCAGAGAGCGGCCGCUAGGGAUAAUGGAAUUGACGUAUCUCAAACGACUGGUGUAACCGCGCUUGACAAAGGCAAAGGUAGAACUACAUACUUCAAUCUUUUUUACCCAAGUUCAUCCAGCAGAAUGAGUCUAGCUCCAUCGAAGCUCGUCCCUCAGUCUCAUAACAGCGACGAGCUGUCCUCUAUGGGCAUCCAGGUCAACGAGCUGAGCGAGAUUACUCCGGAUUCAGCCAUAUAUUAUUCAUUUCAUUCCUCUACGCCCACACUCCCAGCCACAGAAAAUCAAGGCAAGGAGACGACCUUUGGAAUAGAAGCCGCGUUUCAACGACUACAAGAGAUGGGUUGCUAUCUAGCCAAGAAGGAAUGGGUUUAUAAUCAUUGGGGACUUAUUUUAUGGAAGCUUGCCGGUAUGGUAUGCCUUCAACCUCAUCUUGAAAGUGACCCAGCGACCAGACGUUGGUGCUGGGAAGAGGUCAUAAAGCAGUUAUUGUACAGAUAUGAGCGUGAGCUUAAUGGAGGAACUCGACCUCCCCUGCGACUAAUAACCACCCAUGAUGCUCCACCGUCAUGUCCCAUGAUUUUAUGCAUAUCUGGCAUAUCUUGGUGUUCGGAUGGUGAUGAAAUAGAUGGCCUCCCUGAGCUCGAAGUCACGGACGGAUGGUACAAAAUUCGGGCUAAGGUGGAUGCGCCUCUUGAGCGUGCCAUACGAAGGCGUGUUAUUCGUGUCGGUAGAAAGAUAUUUGUCGCCAACGCUCGGCUUAUUUCUGAGAACAAAGAGCCUGCAGAAAUCCUGGAGGCGUACUCGACGAUGAGUUUAGAAUUGAAUGGAAAUUCCUCUCAUUUAGCACCGUGGCACGCGAAGUUGGGCUUUGUGCGAUAUCCAUCGAUCGCGACGCUAGAUAGCCUUACCCCCGAUGGAGGGGUUGUGUCACUUGCGGCCUUCGCCGUGCUCAAGGCCCACUCCAUCUUUUACCUCGAAACUAUUGAGCGUGACGGCGAAAAGCUACGAGAAGGACCUCGCAAUGAGGAGGAUGAAGCCACAGCUGAGGAUGAAUGGCAGAAACAAAGAGAACUAGAAGCAUCCAAAUUACAUGACGAAUUCCGGAAGAAAAUGCAUGUCUACGAGCGAUUUGCGGAAAGAUUUGAGGCGCGUGCGGGACGCGGCUGGUCUCCUAGAAAAGACGCCUGCGAGCCUUCUGAUACUGAAGAUCGCUGGUCCGGCUUAAUGGACGACCCAUCUUCGAUCGGAAACAUACUUAGAAGUAUACAACCGGACGCUGCUGGUUGGUUGGGUUUGCACAUCCGUGAUCACAUAGCCAAGGCCCAUGAGGCAGCUCAUGAUCACAUACAGAGACAGCUAGACGCCAGUUAUCCUCCACGCGAUGUCGUCAGUUUCAGGGUGAUUGUAGUUAAAGAUUUACGUUGGCGGAAGCGCGAACCGUUGCGCAAAGCUGUCAUAACCGUUUGGGAUGCACUAAGUGUCAUGUUGACCGACGGUGCUAAACCAGGCCAUUUUGAAGCAGGUCAGCGAUUCUUGGUCACAAAUCUUUACCCAACAUCCCAGAAUGCAUGGAUGUUGCCAGGUGUGGAUGCAGAAGUUUACCUGAGGACAAGGAGAGAGUCGAGGUUCACUUUGGUAAAAGGAUGA